CACUUUUUCCCAGAUUUGGAAAAAUUAAGGAUCAUCAUGAUACAUGGAAGGAUUAUGAAAUUGGGUUUACACAUUUCAUCCAAAUUACAUAUAAACCAGACUUGGAUACAUUUGAGAAAGUUUGGAUGCGUUAUGGUGCAAUAAAUCUAAAAUAUAAUCAUCAAGGUGGUGAUAUUCUGUUGGUGAUCAAGCAUAAAAAUAAAAAUGAAUUUGGAUGUAUUGUCAUUCAGGUGAAGAAUUGGGCAGUUGUGAAUCAAAAUGUAUAUGAUGAUGUUGGCAGAAAAUUAGAAAUAAACUAUAUCCUGAGUAAUAAUCUGGCAGAUAUUGUUAAAAAUAAUUUUUAUUUAGCUAUUUAUGCUCAAAUUGGCAGGGCAUUUACAGUUGAUACAGAAGUCAUUUGUUACAAUUAUGGGAAAUUUUCAGGAAAUUGGAAACUCAAACAAGCCUCUACAGAAAGUGAUGAAAACAAAAAAGAUGCAGUUAAUAGAAUAGUAGUGUUAGGAUUGUUGAACUUUUAUGAGGGGAGAACUUCUGAGUUUGAAGCAAUGCAAUCUUUUGUGUGUGCAAGAGAUGAUCCUUUUGCAAGAGAAGCAAAUA